UUCCAACUUGUGUGUUUAUUUUCGUCAUAGUAUGGUACUUCAGAUUUAAGACAAAUUUUUUUUGAAUAUGAGUCGAAAAUCAUAUAAUUUUCGCCGAGGUGGAGGUAGUGGUAGUAAGAGUCAACGACGUUUUGGUGGUACAGGAUCCCUAGGUAACUAUAAAAGAAGCGGGAAUCGAAAUGAUGGACAUGCAGAAAACCGUAGCUGGGGUGGCGACAAUUUUAAUCGGUCUUACAAUGGCAGUAACAACCACAGCAACAAUAAUAAUAGUUUUGGGUCGAUUAGUAAUUCAAAACUUAAUAAUCAAGAAGUUGGCUUUCAAAAGUUUCGUGAUCCAAAUGCGUUAGAACAACAUAAUGGUAAUUCCAGGUAUCACCAUAAUUCACAAGGUCGUAAUGGACGUGGCCGUGGUCAAGAUAUGCAUGGUGGAAAGGCACAUUUUGGAAAUGAGACUUAUAAAAAUGAAUUAAAUUGGUAUGAAGAUCAGAGAAAUGCUCACUUAAUACAAGCCGAUGAACAAAAUCAAAAUUAUUCAUCGUCACCGGCGAUGCAAGUAUCUUCCACAAGUAGUAUGCCUCAAACCAUAUCAUCAGUUACUCCAUCUUCCAUAACUUUAACAACACCAAAAAACCCUCCUCAUGAUGAAGAGUGUAAUUUGGAAAGUAAGAAGCAUAUAUUAAAAAACAUAAAACAAGAAAAAACCGAGGUAGAAGAGGCUAAUCGUAUUUCAAAACAAACACAUAAACCUGCAAGCUCUUCUAGUUCCUCUUCAGAAUCUUCUGAAAGUGAAGAUGAGGCGCUAACAAGCAAGCAGCCUCAAAAUAUAGCUAAAAGUAACACCAUUAAAGUAAAACAAGAAGCACUGGGUAACCAAAUACAUAAAAUAAGCACAGAACAGUCAACUUCUUCUGAUUCUUCCUCUUCGUCCUCUUCUUCGGAGGAAGAUAAUAAAAUAAGUGAUAAAGUAAGUACAAAGCCCAAUAUUAUCAUGGAAAAAGGAUUGAAAAUUGCAAAAAAACAAUCGAAGAAAAAGCAAUCAUCCGAAGAGGACUUAAUAUGUCUUGGCAAAUUAGAAAGAAAUUUUGUAAUUGAAGAUGAUGUAUCAGAGGAUACUGAAAUAUCAUCACAUAAUAAGUCCGGAACGAUCAAGAACCAAUGUUUGAUAUGUGAUAUGCAGGGUCACACUGCAUUCGAAUGUCAAAUGAUUUGCAAAAACUGCUCUGCGCCAUAUCACAAUAUGAAAAAUUGCCCCAAACCAGCAAACCUCAGCACUAUGCUUCAAUCUUACAUGGAAUUCUGCAUUGGUCAAAUGAGUCAGUUCAAUCCCGAAAAAAAAUUCAUGAUGCCCUCCAAUAUUUGUAUUAGUGAAAACUCCUUGACGAAAAGCAAUGAACAAAGUACUGUACAAAAUAAAAAGGUCAAAAGGCUGCGGACAAAAUCGGAGGAUUCGCUAAAAAGAAUAACAAAACGCAAACACAGAUACGCUUCUAAAUCUAGUGAUGACGAAGAAGAUGAAAAGGAUGACGCAAAGAAUAAAACAAGAACAGAAACAUCUGAAUCAGAAUCAGAAAGUGAUUCAAGUGAAGAAUUAAUAUCUACAAAAGUGAAAAAGAGGCGCACAAAGAUGUCUAGUCCGAUGAAAACCCCUAAAUUCCACAAUACAUUUGUACCACCAUUUUCAUCGUUUCCCGCUUUUGGUGCAGCUGCUGCUACUUACAAUCCACUACUCUUAAGUCAACUUAUGAACAGCGGUGGUUUUGGUGCCGCCGACAAACUGAUUUUUCAAUAAAUUAUAAAUAAUUAAGUUCUAACAAUAUUCUCACUUUGUAAUAUACAUAUUUGACGAACAGAA